AUGGAUCCAAAUCCGAACAAUUUCCCAAUUCUCUCCUAUGUUAUGGCCAAGAUUCCGAGCUUUAAACGCACUUUCUCCACCGCCGACGCCGCCGCGGAUUUCGACGUCGAAAACCCACCGCCGUCGACGACGCUCGGAGACGAAGAACCUUAUUUCGAGCUUACCGAGAAAAUGCCUCACCUCACUAACCCAAAGCUCAUCUCCGCCAUGCGUUUGGCCGUUGCUGACGUUGCUCAGACCCGAUCUGUGCUCCACACCCUCGGUGUACGCCCUGAUCAUGAGGCUGUAGACGCUGCACGCUUGAAAUUAUCCGAAAUCGAGGCCGACUUGUCUAAAAGUUUGGAAGAGAUAGUACUUGCUUCUCAGCCGGCGGAUUCUAACCAGCUCGAUUGGCGGGCCCACCAGGCGAAAAAGGAGGAGGAGUGUAGAAAGGCUGCUGAGAGGGAGAAGGAGAUUUAUAAAGCGGUGAUCAAUUUGGAUGAGAUGCACGAGGCGUAUGAGAAGAUGUUGAGUGAGGCGGAGAGUAGAUUGGAGAGGAUUUAUGAGGCUGCGGUGGAGGGAAAAGACGAGGCAGAAGAGUCAUUUAGAGAGAAGGAAAAUGGCCCUCAUGAGGGGGCGGAGGAAAUGAACGAGGAAGUGGCGAGGAUUCUGAGGGAUGCAGAGUCGGGGAAGGCGAUUGAGAGGAUGGAUUUAACGGGAAGAAGAUUGAGGUUGUUGCCCGAGGAGUUUGGGAGGUUUAAGUCAUUGGUUGCGCUUAAUUUGUCAAACAAUCUACUUGAGGCAAUUCCUGAUUCGAUUGCAGGAUUAGAAAAUCUCGAGGAACUUAAUCUUUCGGGAAAUCUUUUGGAGUCACUCCCUGAUUCUGUAGGCCUUUUGUUUAAUUUGAAGGUCUUAGAUGUCUCUGGGAACAAGCUUAUUGCCUUGCCUGAUAGCAUAUCUCAUUGCAGGUCGUUAGUAGAAUUGGAUGCAAGUUUCAACAAACUGACUUACUUGCCAACAAAUAUUGGGUACGAGCUAGUGAAUCUGCAAAGGCUCUCAAUCCACCUGAACAAACUCCGAUCUCUUCCCAAAUCUAUUGGUGAUAUGAAGUCUUUGCGCCUUCUAGACGUGCAUUUCAAUGAGCUAUGUGGACUUCCACCUACAAUUGGUAAAUUGACAAAUCUCGAGAUCAUUAACCUAAGCAGUAACUUCAGUGACCUAACUGAACUUCCUGAUACAAUUGCUGACCUAACCAACCUGAAAGAACUUGACUUGAGCAACAACCAGAUCCAUGCAUUGCCCAACCAAUUUGGCAGGCUUCAGAAUCUGAUUAAACUUAACGUUGACCAAAACCCUCUUGUAAUACCUCCAAAGGAGGUCGUGAAUGAAGGAGUUGAAGCUAUCAAGAAUUAUAUGACUAAAAGAUGGGUCGACAUGGUGAUGGAGGAACAGCGAAGGAACUCGCUCGAAGCGCAAGAACAGCCAGAAACCAGUAUAUUAACACGAAGCACGUCCUGGUUGAACAAUAUUGUUUCAAAUGUUACUGGAACCAUUUCAGAAUACUUGGGUGGACCCUCUGGAAAAUCAAAUGAAAAUUCUUACCUGAAUCAGCAGCUAUGA